CUAAGGUGAUUAAAAAGGCCUCAUUAAGGAUUUCUAAGUGGCUUUUAAGUUUCUGUGUCACUCUCAAAAGGUGCUUUGGAAGUAUAUAAGACACACCAGCAACACCGUAUGAGACAGAGAAGUCAGCAGUCAUCCAAGAGCAACCUAAAGAGGAACUUGAGCUAACAACAGAAAUGACCGGAGCUGCUGUGUCUGUGUGCCUGCUUUUUCUCCUGUCUGUAUGUUCAGCGUGUUACAUCUCCAACUGCCCUAUCGGAGGAAAAAGGUCCAUAAUGGAUGCACCACUGCGCAAGUGCAUGUCGUGUGGCCCCGGAGACAGAGGCCGCUGCUUCGGGCCAAGUAUCUGCUGCGGGGAAGGUCUUGGUUGCCUGCUCGGCUCCCCGGAAACAGCUCACUGUGUGGAGGAGAACUACCUGCUCACCCCCUGCCAGGCAGGAGGACGACCCUGUGGUUCUGAAGGAGGACGCUGUGCUGCUUCAGGACUCUGCUGUGAUGCAGAGAGCUGCACCACAGAUCAAUCCUGCCUUAUCGAGGAGGAAGGAGAUGAACAAACCAGCCAGUUCGAUGGCAGCGACCCCGGUGACAUCAUCCUCAGGCUCCUGCAUUUGGCUGGCCACAGUUCUCCUCAUCGAGUCCACCAAUGAGCUGCUCUUCACGUCAAGGUCUCACUGCAAGCUCUCGAGCUGUAGGGAUUAAAUGGGACUUGUAGUUCACAUAGUUGUGUUUUUAUGUUUGUUGUCAUGAUGCUGGUUUUGCUCUUUUCCCCUGCAGUACUUCUGUAGAGUGCCUUUGUCAAUAUAGCCUAUUUUUAUGUAUGAAAUUAGGGGUGAAUACUUGUUGUGGUCAUCCUGUUAUCUGCAUGUUGAAAUAAAGUUUGAAGAGAGUAUAAAGUGCUGUCAUUUUCCCUGACCUGAUUAAGUCUUGUGUGUAAAAUUACAGUAUUUCAAACCUUCCAAAUACUUUUCCUUAUAAGACAGCUUGAACCGUAUUAGGGCAUUGUGUUUGGCAAACAAAUAUACAAAGCCCACAAGAGUCUUUAUCUUUCAGAUAAUCCUCCAAAGUAUCUCUGGCAAAUUCAAAUGAUCCCCACAUGAUGGUGUGUGUGUGUUUUUGUGGCAACUCUGGUGACACAAUAUCCCUGUUGCAACAGUUGGGACUAUUAUCUCAUAGGCUGUUCACCUUUGAUCCAAUUUUGUUUCGGUUAACUUUGCAGUCAGUCCACUUUGGUUCUCUGUGUCCUUCUAUGGGCAUGCAUAGAAGGGCACAGAGCAUGCAACAAAGCAGUAAACAAAUAAACACAGCAUGCUGAA